UGUGGUCUUUAACUUGAUGUUUUCCAAACCUAAAUCAAGUUUAAAUGUCUGAAUCUGAUGUAACCUUAUUAAUUAAAACCAGACCUUCAGACAUAAAGGUCUGCUAAAUGACUCUAUGAUGAAACAGCCACUAAAACAAAGAUCUUCUCUUUAUGUUGCUGUCAGUUCCUUUAUUUCUACAAUUAGAUCAACGUGGAGAAAAAGGAGUAAAAUAAUGUAAACUAGAGGCUGAACUCUGACCAGAGGCUCCUGUCACAGUUGCUGCUGGAGGAAGAGGAGAGAGAGGAGGCUGCGCUAUAAAAGCUGGAGUCCCUGAGCUGCUCUGAACUUAGCAGGAGGCGCUCGGAUCGGAGCGGAGCUUCUCUGGAUGUUCAGGCUGGAUUCAGAUGACUAAUGCUGGAUGAUGCUUUUAUCUGGAUUUAUCUGGAUGUCUACGUUGCAGGUGAUGAAGCGCAGAGGAUGAAGAGGAGGAGGCAGAAACGUGUCUAACUGUGACUGCAGCGCAUGCAGCUUGUUUUAUUCUGCAGAUGAAAGAGGAAGGCAGACGCUUGAUGCGGGUUUGAGGGCUCCCCAAACGAUCAGUUUUAGCUCGAUGAGCGGGGUAUGUGACGGAGGAAGGUGGAGGGAUGGAGACGGCCCCCAGCUACGGAGAUCUGCUGAACUUCUCCACCAAUGACACCAACAACAGUUCCGGCUCCGGAGCGGAGAGGCGAGGCUCCAACCUUUCUUUCCAGGUGGCUCUGGCCAUGACUCUGGGUCUCAUCACCUUCGCCACCACGCUCUCCAACGCAUUCGUCAUCGCCACCAUCUACCAGUCACGGAAACUGCACACCCCGGCCAACUUCCUGAUCGCUUCCCUGGCGCUCACGGACCUGCUAGUGUCCAUUCUGGUGAUGCCCAUCAGCGCGCUCUACACUGUGGUCCAGACAUGGACGUUGGGCCAGGUGAUGUGUGACAUCUGGUUGUCGUCGGACAUAACGUGCUGCACCGCCUCGAUCCUCCACCUGUGCGUCAUUGCGCUGGACCGGUACUGGGCCAUCACGGACGCGGUGGAGUACUCCAAGAAGCGCACGGCGGGACGCGCCUCCGGGAUGAUCGCCACCGCCUGGGUCAUCGCCAUCUCCAUCUCCCUGCCGCCGUUUUUCUGGCGCCAGGUGAAGGCGGAGGAGGUGACGAGCUGUAACGUGAACACGGAUCACAUCUUCUACACCAUCUAUUCCACCUUCGGCGCCUUCUACAUCCCCACACUGCUGCUCAUCUGCCUGUAUGGGCGAAUCUACGUGGAGGCGCGGAAGCGCAUCUUGAAGCAGGCGCAGAAAAAGCCGGGGAAAAGACUGACCUCCGCGCACCUGAUCACCAACUCCCCUGGUUCCGUAGCCUCCACCACCUCCCUCAACUACGGGACUAACGACACCUCCUCCUGUGACACUACCUCGUCCUCCCCGAAUGUGAACCAAGUCAAAGUCACUGUGUCCGACGCGCUGCUGGAGAAGAAGCGCAUCUCUGCCGCCAGGGAGAGGAGGGCCACCAAGACUCUGGGAAUAAUCUUGGGAGCCUACAUCGUCUGCUGGCUCCCGUUUUUCAUUUACACUCUUUUAGUGCCUCUCUGCGAGUCCUGCUUCCACCCGGGUCUGUUUGACAUCUUCACCUGGCUCGGUUACCUCAACUCUUUAAUCAACCCCAUCAUUUACACUAUGUCCAACGAGGAUUUCAAGCAGGCUUUUCACAAACUCAUGAUGCGCUUCAGGUGUUGCAGGCCAUGAGAAAUGAUUUCUAGCCAUCAAUCAUCUGAAUGAUGCAAAAAAAACAAAAAAACAUUUAUGUGUGGGCCCCAUAUGCAGUCAUCUUCAAUAAAUAAGAAUAUAAUUGAAAAGCUCAUUUAUUCCUGUAACUCCAUCACUAAGUCAAACACAUUAUAUCGAUUACUCAGACUGAUGUUUUCAAGCCUUUAUUUCUGUUAAUUAUGAUGAUUUUCUGCUUCCAGUAUCCAAACUGUGAAGAAUCCACCAACUCCAUCUGGGUUGAAUUUACUUGAAUAAUAUAUCGGCACACAAUUAAGGUUGUAGGGUUGCAGGACAAACAUGUGGAUUUCCAGCCAUUAAUAACGUAAGCAUUGUCAGAACUUAUCCAACAUUCACAUGUGGGUCCCACACGGGUUGGAAAUAAACUGGAAUAUUAGACACAAAUAUGAUUAGCUACAAGUUAAGUAAUAAAUGGGAAUUACCCAUAUACAUUUCUCACUUUUCAUGUAGGAUAACUAUGUGGGUUCCAACUGGAAAAUGUACACAAAUCCCAUCUGGGCCCCUUAUUCAAUAACUCUAAUUGGUUGUUAGAUGUUGAUGAGCAAUGAAUUCCAGUCUAUAUUGUUCAGCAUCACAUCAGACAUAGCCUGUAGUACAUCUGAUGCCCAAAUAGGGAGGAAAUGAGCUGAGAAACAGGUCUUAGACAAGAUUACCCAUCAGUACUAAAAUAGAAGACUGACACUGACAUACCAACCUGUUUCAGAAUCAGAAUCAGAAUCAGAAAAGCUUUAUUGCCAAGUACGUUUUUGGACAUACAAGGAAUUUGUUUUGGCGUAGGGUUAGGGGUUUCGUUGGCCAUCUCAUAUCUGUGAGCUCAUUUAUUUUUCAAAAUUCAAACUUAACAAAGACAGUAGAAAAUAAGGCUUGGUUGGUCCAUGUGCUGAGGUCCAAAUUUAGUUCCAACAACUUUUCAAACCAGAUUGAAAAAAUCUACCAAAGUUUUCAUGUUUGAUGUUUUUAUCCACUUUCAGAUGUCGAUAAGAAGAAGGGUAUUUUAUUUUCAAAGAAAUUUUACUUUGGAGUUGGGGCCCGCAUUUGUAGUAAAGGGGCUGAAAGCUUGGUCCCUGGUGGGAUUGUCCAUGGCUUACAUAGUGGUCUGAAAUUAUCUUUUUAUGUAGAUUUGAUGCAGGACAACCAAAAUGGUUCAAAUGAGGAAAGAUAUACAAACCCACAUAGGUCCCAUAGUUAAGUUCAGAGUGGAUACUAUAUGGAAGAAGGUAUGAUUGGAGGAUGUCCACAGGUUAUUUAAUGUCUUAAGGUUAAUUGUCUUUCUAGCUUUUGAAACUGGGACCCAGGUGGUAAAGACACAUUAAACCCCCCUCGGUUGGCACUAUUCAGGUACUACAUGGGAUUGUUGAUAGGUUAAUGUUGGCACCAUCUCAGUUAGCCUUUCAAAGUGUUUUAAAGUGAGGUAACAACAAUCAUUAUGUUAUUAUGGAGAUAUAAGUUCUGAUAAAACAACGAAAUUGGGCUCCAAACAAAAGCCCAGGCACAUUUAGUACCCUUCCAGCCCAAACAAAUCCCUUAUGGGGCCCACAUGCAUAUGGUUGACUGGGACCUGAAUCACACCCACACUUGUUUCUCUUCAGGCUACAUUCAGGCCACAGAUUGUUCUGAAUAAUGUGAGCUUUUAACGGAACAAGGAGAUGCUCUGAUCUUUCAUUGGAGUUUCCUGUUAUCCAUCUGGAAGUUGGAGGAGAAGGAAUGUGCUGGUGACCAUAAAGACUUUAAGGAAGUCCAUGGCCCCUUGAAUGCCAGUGGCUUGCCUGUACUGUUGUGUUGCACUGGGCUGUAGCCUUCAGACUCACUUAGCCAAAUGAGUUUUGACAUCCAGCAUCAGCUGGCUUAUAAGCACAAACAGCUUGAGACUAAGCUACCAAGAGCCCCGCGGGCAAAAAAAAUACGAUCUGUGUUUCAUUUUCCCAACUCAAUAGGAGGAAAUAUUGGUGCCUACAAGUUAGUUUAGUUCCUUCAUCAUGCCUUGUCCUCUUUAACGUAAAGCAUGGUUCUAGUUUAAUAUAAGGAACAACAUUUGGUUUAAUUAUUCUGAGCAGAGCAUGUUUUAUUUUCUCUUUCUUCUUGUUGUGGGUAAUUAUCACUUUCAACUCACAGCUGAAUGUAACUGUACGAUCUGUGUGCAUCAGUGUGAUUUUUACUUUUUGCUCAGCCGAUUGUAAAACAGUGCCAAUCAGGCAAAAAAGGGCCUCUCUCCCAAACCUCUUAAAUGUUAAUAUUUGCUUUGAUGUUCCAUCUUAUAUCAGAAUGAAACAAUCCAGAUCCAGAUCCAGUCUGGACUUUCCCCAGUCAUCACCUGACAUUUGCUAUCACCACACCUAAAACUUGUGGGAGAAGAUAAAUGUUUUUUAAAAUGCUGGAAAAUGUCACUGUAUUCUGAUCAAAAUCCCAUGUUUUUCCUGUCAAAAAAUCAUCAUAGUAAAUGUCAAGCUGUGACUGUGGCUGAUGAGCCCUUAAAAGAAGAUUUACAGGCAGGAGAAACAUCAUAAACAGAAAAGGAGCUAAAUCGGUGUGCUAGGAAAAUCCAGAACUGCAACGGAGAUCCAUUCUUAGGGAAGGUUUUCUGGAAAUUUAAAGAAAAAGACGAGUUCAUGUCCACUCCAAAUAAAUUGAUUCUUUCUCAUUCUGGUCUGUUCUCAAACCCAAAGAAACCAAAAUACAUUGUUUAAUGUAUUACAUGUAUUGCAUAAAAGGAACAAAUUGAAUGGACAUUUGGAUGGAUGGAUGGACUGAAGGACAGAUGGAUGUGGACAGUUUUCCAGCUCCAACCGUCUCCUCGUCUGAAUCAGAUGUCUGGAUUAGGCACAAUGCAUCUGCUGGAUGUAGAAACUCUGUAUACAUAUGAGGAACAGCAACAAGCUUCUUUCUUAAUGUCUUCAAGGUAGUUUAGCGGCUCCCUUUGGAGGUGAUUUUAUUUUUCAGACAGAUUUUGAUCCAUAAAUGAACGCCACCACCUCCAACAUCUGCGAUGGACAGGAAGUGAGGAACUGGUAGUUUAGCUUUGAAUAGAUGACUGAAAGGUCUAGGUGGGACAGGAUUGCAUUGUUAAAACACCUGACUGUUGUAUAAUUGGAGUUUGUUUGUAGUGUGGUUUGAGCAGGAUAGAAGCCAUUCUUUGCCAGUCACUCAGAUGAUCCCUAGUGUAGAUGAUUUAAUCCAUAACAUAGAUAAAAGUUUCAUUCCCAUCCAAGUAAACACUAUCAAAGGAUUUUAAGCCUUUAACAUCUGUUUGACACUGGUUUUUAAUUCAAAUAUUAAUGAUGAAGCUGCUAAUUGUGUCAGCCUGUUUGAUCAAAACUGUCAAAAUAUGUCAAAACUGCUAUAAAUCCAUAAAACUGAACAUUAAAUUAAAGAGUAUCUAAAUGUG